AUGGCGCAACCACAGAAAAGCAUCGCUCGAACCUCGUCAAGAGAGGUCCAAGUCGAUACACCAAAGUUACCUGAUCGCUAUGCAGAUGAGAGCUACAAGCUAUUCUCCCAGGUCAAGGUCGACCCCCCAACACCAGAGGAAGCACAGAGAAUCCGGAAUAAGUGUAUUCGCUGGAUUCUACCCUUCUUGUGUGUCGGUUACCACCUUAUGUAUGUGGACAAGCAGACUCUAGGAAGUUCUGCGAUUCUGGGCAUCCUUGAAGACGGCCAUUUAAACGCUACCCAAUACAAUUGGCUAUCAUCAAUCUUCUACCUUGGAUAUCUGUUGGCAGAGUGGCCACAGAAUCUGGCUAUUCAACGCUUCCCUGUCGCGAGAUGGCUGGCAAUCAACUUGACCGUUUGGGGAUGUAUCUUGCUGCUUCAUAUCCCAUGCAACAACUUUGCUUCAUUCUUCGUCGUCCGCUUCUUCCUCGGUGUGGCAGAGGCAAGCAUCGUGCCAUCAUUCCUCGUCAUUCUAUCCAUGUUCUUCACAUACGAUGAACAAGCAGUAUUGAUGCCCAUCAUGUGGGCUAUCGGGAACUCAAGCCCUAUCACCUCAGGACUGCUCUCUUAUGGCGUCCUCUUUAUCGAUACUGGCAGCUUCGCGCCGUGGAGAUGGUUCAUGGUCAUCACUGGCACCUUGACCGUCAUAUACGGCAUUUCCGUGUGGAUCUUCUUCCCCGGAAGUCCCAUCACGGCCCAUUUUCUCACCCCUGAGGAACGAGCACAAGCUAUCCUUCGAAUCGAGUCGAAUCACUCUGGGAUCGAGCAAAAGCACUUCAAAAAGUACCAAUUCAUCGAAGCCAUCAAAGAUCCAAAGACAUGGCUGUUCUUCCUCCAUGCAUGGUCUCAAGAAAUGGCCAACGGUCUGACCAAUCAGUACUCGCUCAUCAUCAAGUCGUUUGGCUUUACCACUCUUUAG